AUGAGCUUCUUCGGCUUUGACGCCAGCCUUCCGAAGGAGAAGUCAGGCGGCGACAAAGGCUUCUUCGAGACCAACGACCCGUUCGCCGGUAUCGCUCAGGCAAGGAAACUUCAGACACUGCAAGGUCAAGAGGAAGAAGAACUCAAUUUCGAGGAUACCUACGAUGGACUCGGUGAUCAGCUGCAGGAAACCGGCGAUGAUAUGAAUGAUGACACUUUCGGUGGUGGUCAAAAUGUUGGAAGGGAUUUCGACUUCUCUGGCCAGACAGCUCAAGUCUCUACGGCGAUUGGCGAAGAAAGUGUCCGCUACAACCUCCAACAGCCCACCCAGUAUCAAGCUGCAUCGACAAGGUCCACAAAGCCUAAACGCACAGGCUACGAGAAGUAUGAGGACCCCGGCUACAUACCCGAUAUUCAGGCAAAGUCGGGCGGGUGGAGCUCAAGGACACAACCAGCACCUGCUGCUCCCAACGCCCCGAUUAGUACCGCUCGAGAUGGCUCUGCCAGGAAGAUGAUGAGCCUGGAGGAGGUUGAGGCUCAGAUGAGAGCUCAGGCACAACAGCCUCCUCCGUCAUUCCAUCAACAAGAUCCAUACGCUUUCCAUCACCAGCAACCGCCGCACAUGCACCCACCACCACCUCACAUGUUACAUGGCCCUCCACGAUCUCUCCCGAUGCAUCCGCCUCCAGGUUCUCAUUAUCAGCAUGGGCCACCUCCUCCACAUCCAGGUUCUCAGUACCAGCAGGGUCCUCCACCACUACCACACCCUACUGCCCCGAGUCACCAAAGGAUGCCAUCUCAGCCAUCACAAGCCAAAUCUCAGCCGCCACUCCAGAUUUUGCAAAACCCGAACCGCCCACGUCAUUCACCUCAACCAAGCCUCGAAAGACCGCCUCCCACUGAUUCUGCACAGCCAAUCAUCACUCACCCUCAGCAGCUCAUGGACCUGUCCGAGGAACAACGGAAGGCGUAUCUUGAGGAUGAUGCCAAGCGCGCAAAGAGAAACCACAAGAUCUUCUUACUCUCGAAAGGCAACGGCUUAAUGUCUCCACAAGACAAGAACUUCAUCACCAGGAUCCAGCUCCAGCAGCUGGUCAGUGCUACUAGUAACCCCAAUGAUCAGAGUCAGGAAGCUGUCAUUGCGGAAGACUUUUAUUACCAAGUGUACAGUCAGAUCCGAGGAGCUCCCCGACAACAUCCCGGUCAACCACUCGGCCACUUUGCUCAGACAUAUCUCUUUCAGACCGGCAAUCGGACCAACAACAAUAGGCGCAACCAGAUCACAGGAGACAACCACAUGCAGCGCAUGCAGCAGCAAGUACAACGAGCCGUGGAGGCCGCCAAAGCGAAGCCCAAGAACAAGCAGCUCAUCAUUGAAGGCAGUCUCGGCAAGAUCUCAUUCAGCAACGCCAAAACGCCAAAGCCACUUCUCAACAUCAAGCGCCAGGAAAGUACAGACACUCGAGCACCGAGCAAACCUUUGAGCCGGAGCGAUCGCAAGACGAUCCUCCGAAACAUCGAGGCUGUGUACACUGAUCUGAUGAAGCUCGAAGAUCUUGAGAGAAAGCUACCGCCACCAUCACAAGACUCCGAGGAGGACUCAUCAACAGCUGAAUGGCGAGACGAGUUCAGGUCUUGGAUCGACAAGAUGUGGCACGACCUCAGAGUCCUUGACCCGAUCGUUCCCGGCGCGUCGGAAAUGCACCCAUUCAUCGCCAUGCUAUCACACCCCAAGGGCAAGAAGGCGAUUCCUCGUGUUUUCCGCCUGAUUGACCAGGAACAACGCGUCACGGUUCUUACGAUGAUUACUGUCCAUUUGGAUCAGCUCGACGUCAUCAGGAACGGGCUGAUCCCCGCAGGCGAAUCCCAACCUUCAGCCGCUAUGCGUGAAGAGAUCGAGCUGUUCAUGCAUACCGUCAUGCCUUGCCUGCUCCAAUAUGUUGCCGAAGCGCCCAUCAAUAUCGUCUCCGGCCUUCUGCAAUUGGUCAUGGAGCAUACCCAAAUCGCCACUGUGGUGCAGACGAAAGUCGGACUAGGCGUCUUGACCAUGCUACUCAGUCGAGCUGAGCUGGUGAAAGCAACAGAUGUCAACGAGCAAGAGAAGCAGCAGCUAGGCAUGCUCUACGAUCGCUUCUUCGACAUGCUUGAGCCAUAUCUUGCUCACCUCUUCCCUGGUCCCGUCAACAGCGGUGAAGACAUGUAUAUUUGGCAAUUCCUGGCCGCGUUGGGUACUGGCGCAAGUCCAGAACAGCAGCAGCGCUUGGUGUUGGGUGUUAAGGAUCGAGUCAUGGAGACGGUUUCGCAGAGCAAGGCGUUGCCGGCAGAACUAUCAAGUGUGAGGCUGAGCAAUGUUAAUCUGUUCAUGCGGGCGAUUGGUCUUGAUGUUGACAUGUUGGGGUGA